CGACUCCCUGUUAGCGCGGUCGUUACCAUCUCCCGAACGGUCGUUAGAGGUCGUAGAAAAGUGUUUAAAAGUGUCGUAAGGUUAUUUCCACAGAUGUCAAAUACGAACACAAUUUGAUCCUGUACCAGUGUGGGUCAGUGUCAGUCAGCUGUCGGGCAGUUGUCGGGUAGUUAUCGGUCAGUGUCGGUCAGAUACAGUCAUAUACAGCAUAAAAAAACAAAAACAAUUCCUGAUCUUGUGGUAUAGUGGUGUGUGUGUGUGUGUCUGUCUGUCUCUGUCUUAAACCUGAAGAAGUGAGUCUCCACUAUCACCAUCUUCACUAUGGAUCCAAUGUACUACCACUGGUGGAACAGCCAUAAUCAACACAACUCUGGUAAUACCUGGUAUAUGGAUCCACACAAGACGGGAGGCGGCAUGAACCAACAACCGCCACCUGCACACAACAUGCCAGGACCUCCGCAGCACCCUGCAACCCAGCACCCCCCCGCCAUGGGUCAGACAAUGCCUCAACGGCCCAUACAGACCGGGUACCCCAUGCAGCCUAGACCGGCCCACACCGGAGCCCCAGGGUCGAUGGGGCCAAAGCCCCCCGGAACCACCGGUCACAUGGCCCCCAAACCACAGACCACGCUAGGAAACAUAGUCACAAAGCCUAUGGUGCCCACGACGACUAAUGUUCAGCAGGUCCAGGCAAAGCUGCAGACGCCGAUACACAUUGCUGCAUCACUCAAGCAAAAUCUUCCUGUUAACACAACAGCGAAUAUGACGCAGAUGACCAACAAACCUGCCCCAGGUCUGGUGUCUGCCACGGCCGCUUCAGCCAUGCCUAAACUAGCAACACUAAUGCAACAGCAACAACAACAACAUCAACAGUCUCAACAGCCACCCAAACCAUCUGUAACUAUCCACCCACAACAACAGCACCAUCAGCAACAACAACAACAACAACAACAACAGCAGCAACAACAGCAGCAACAGCAGCAGCAACAACAGCAACAGCAGCAGCAACAACAACAACAACAACAACAACAACCACAACAGCAGCAGCAGCAGCCAACACCUAAGCCAGCUGUAACUCUUCAACAGCAGCACCAGCAACCCCCAAAACCAGUUGUGUCACUUCAGCAACAACAGCACACACAGCCUCCUAAGCCAGCUGCACCUUCUCAGAAUGCAGCAAUCCCACCAAAGCCAGCUAUACCACCAGUCUCAAUAACACCAAGCCUUCCUAAGCCCUCUGUGACCUCCAUACCAUCUGCCAACCAACCCAAACCUCUCCAAGCCCAGUCUGUGUCUCCCAUGAAGUCUGUGCCGGCAACAGUGCCGAUACCCGCCACGGUCACUCCCAUCAUUACAAAGCCCACCCAGCUGGCAGGUCACCCCACAGUCCCCGGGCUUAGUCCGAAGCCCUUCGCACAGAUGACACAGAGCACCACGGUCAGCCAAGCCUUACCACCCAGACCUACCAAUCCCAUGCCAGUACCUGUACAGAAGCCUGCCCAGCCUCCCCCACAGCCGGCCAAACCUACGCCACCUCCGGCCUCGAGUGCACCCCCGACCGUCACGUCUCCUGCGAAACCUCCGGCGGCCGCGCCGGCUGCCACGCCCGCCCCUCCCCCUAAACCGGCCCCGGUCGAGAUAACCACACAGAAACCGGCCCCUACGGAAAUUCCUCCGCCAAAGCUGACAGAACCCACAAAACCGGCCGUUGAAGCGACCGCAAAGACUCAAACUGUUCCAAGUGUCAACGGAGUGCCAGUCUCCAAGUCCCCCGUCAAGCCGGUCACUCCACUGCCACCACCAUCAAAACCCGUUGAAGCUCCAUCCACUGAAGCCAAGCCAAUUCUGCCUCCUGCCGUGUCACCGCCCAAACCGGCCGCUCCAGUCAACAAACCUAAGGUGGAACCAGCGCCUGUUCAGCCUAAGAAGGAAAUUGUUAAACCAAUUCCAAGUGCCAAGCCAACUAUUGAAAACUCAACAGAGCCCAAGACCGUUAAUCACGCCGACCCCAAGGACGAGCCCGUCACUGAAACGCCGAAGAAGACGCGAACGCCCAGACAAAAGCGGGAGGUGUUGGCCGUAGAGACCCCAGGGGACGAGCGGCGCAGCAAGAGACCUCGGAAUCCGGCCAACCUCUACCAGUCCCCAGCCUUGGAUAACCUGAACAGAGUGCGCAAGACAGCCGAGCCAUCAACGCCCAAGACCCCGCAGGAUAAACUUAUUGUCUUCUUCAGAAACGAGCACGUGGCAGUGAGAAAUUCCGAGGGUACAUUCUACCUUUGUCAAGUCGCCCAGAACGUCUUUAAAAACACCCGCAAGAUCAAGAUCCGGUGGCUGUCUCCGGAAGAUCCCGACAACAAGAACUGCAACACUUAUAAACCAGAUUAUUACGACAUUACAGAUUUUGACUGCAUCCUCACGACGGUUAAUUUGGAGCGGAUAGACCGUAAAACACUGCGGUUAAAACCAGAAGAAGAGACCCGAGUUAACAACAUUUUAAAACGUGCCAUGGACCUCGAGAAGGGUGUGUUGGCGGAUAAACCAAGCGUUGACGCGAAUCAUCCCGACGGAUUGGAUCUUUCAUUGUACACAAACGAAGACCAGCUUAAGAGGAGGAGGAAGAGAAAUUCAACAGGGAAGAGGAAAAAGAAGGAUGAGUCUUCAGGAGAGAGCGGCGUAGAGUCUGAGGAAGAUGAGGAGACAGAUAGUGAAGGAGAAGAGAGCCCCAAGAAAGUUGCACGAACUCCCGCCAGACGUAACCCAAGAGCUGGCAGCAAGACUCCCGCUAAGGGCAAAAUUUCUACGCCUGCUUCAACAAAAGCCAAAACAUUAACCAAGACCAAGACUCCUCGAAUCUCCCCUCUGAAGGCAGGACGUAAGGCUAUGCCCAAGAUCCCAUUAAAAGCAACACCCAAGACCAGUACUCUAAAGGCCACCGCUGCCGCCGCCACCACCACCACAAGCACCACCACCACCAUCAUCACCCCCCCUAAGGCCGCUCUUCCCCCCAAGGCCACUCCAAAAUCAGGGCGACGAGCAGCACGCAAAUAGCCCAAGGAGGAAAUGGAGGAGGCGUCUGAAGGAAUUACCCAACAGCAAAAACCGCGGGGAAUGAGUGCACCAAAUGACCUGACUACAUGCAUAAGGCUGAUGUUGUUAGCAAAAUAGGUACUCGUCCAAUUAUUGAAUUAAGGAAAUCGUCAGGCUUUUUGGAUUAAGAAAAUUCACAAAGCUGUAGUGUGUGUGUGUGUGUGUGUGUGCGUGUGUGUGUGUGCAUGUGUGUGUGUGUGUGUGAGUGUGUGUGAGUGAGAGCGCCUUAAUGCAUAUACUGAUGAUGAAGGCAAAAAAGUCAUUUUGUAUAUGAGCAAUUCUUACCUUCUCUCCUCCCCCACUCCCUCCUCCUCCUCCUCCCUUGGCAUCACUGAAAUUGUUAUUGUUUGUAAACAUAAUCUUUCUUUCCUCCCGCCCCCCCUCCCCCCUCUAUGCUCUGCCCCCUUUUUUUUACAAAUAAUAAAGCCGUUCAUUAUUGGAAUGCAAGGUGGAUCAUUUCCUUGUGUGUGUGUGAGAACUCUUGAAUAAUUGUGUGACUGUGUGUGUACAAAACUUUGUGAGGGUAUAUGUAACCAAUUUAAAUUAACUAGAGGAUAGGUUAUGUUCAGAGUACAUAUUAAUGUUUAAUCUAUUGUAUAUGUAUAAUAGUUCUCAGUGUACAACUCAAACUUUUUAUAUCAUUACAAGUGUGGCAUUCCCCCCUCCCUUCCCCUCCCCUCACUAUUUCUCUAACCCCUGAGGAACUCCUUGAGUCGAGGAACCCCUGGGUUGUGGAAGCCCUUGAAUCUAGGAAGCCCCUGAGUUGAGGAAAUCCUUGGGUUGAGGAAGCCUCAGAUUUGCAUUGGUAUGUUACAAGAGACUGUAAAUCACUGCUCAACAUAAAAUGAACCUUGUGAAUGGAUCAACCCAAUAUGAGUGAAGUAAGAGGUGGAGCAUAGUUAUGUACUGUAUCAUAAGGUUUAUGCAGCUGUACAAGAAAGAAGCACUUCACUAGUUUUGUCAAUUGGGUGAUUUACAGAGUUUGAGUUUGUAUAGUUUCUUACUAAAUAUAUAAAACUGAUUGGUUUUGCAAUUACUCUUUUAUGAUUAUUAUUAUUAUUAAUAUUUGUCAACAAAAAAUGUUUUAUUUUUUGAAGUGGAAAUGCAAUAUUUUGCUACUGUUAAUGCACGAUUACUACCUGCACUACAGUAUUGAGCAAUUGGUUUAGGAAUUACCAGACAGUAGCAUAGUUUAGCCUCUGCCCUCUACCGUGCGAGCAAGACGUGAAAAAAUAAAGGCACGACGCUCGAAUCCUCCGAGUGAAGUGUCGAUACAAACUCAAAAAUAACGUGGAGGCAGAGGCACUGUAGGCUGUACAUAAGUAAUGACCCGUAACAAUUUGAUGUAUUGUCUUGAUCGUAGGUGUGUGACUCAUGAAUGCCGUUUAUGUUACAGACUAUAUUGGGCUGGAAUUCUUAGAGACCACUUGAGUGAUGAACGAUGUAAAAUAAAAUCCAUCCUGAUAUUCCCCGACAUGUUAAAUGAUGACACAUGCCAACUCAUUAAUAAGUAGCAAUUAAUGGCCAUAUUGUUUCAGGCAUUGAAGCAUUGAGGUGCAUUUUUCUACUUGUACAACUAAUUCUAUGCCGUGUGGUGGUAGAUGAAGGCAUUACAAGGAACGAUUGCAUUCAAGUCGUGUUUAAGAAUUUAGGUCUCGGAGCAUAUCCGGGCUUUGAUAGGAGAUGUGCCGAGAGCGAGUUCUUUAUCAUGGGGGAAACCAAGCACUGAUGAGGCCCUCGUGUGGGGGUGGUGGUCAGAAUCCCCACCGCGUGACCCCACCAGUGCUCACCAAUGGACGGGGGUGAUGUGGGAGGUAUAUUGACCUUUAUACCUUCGACUAAAACAAAAAAAAAAUUGUUAAAAGACUGAUCGACGUCACAUCUUUCACAGCGAGUAAGACCGAAGUGCCCGGCCGUUAUUAUGUUUUCCAUUGGUAUGUGAACAUUACCAACAGUAGGGUGUAAUGUUAAAUGGAAACCAAUUGUUCUUUGAUACAAUGUUGAAUUAAAGAAACGGCAACAGUACUCUUUAAUGCGUUGCUUUUAUAACGUUCGGUCAUUUUUAUACAAACCGUGAGGAGUUUUUGGGUAUUUGUAAAGUUUCAAUGUACUGUACACCCUCCUAGUGCAAACUUGUUAGGGACAUAAGCUAUACUGACUGAUAGUGGAGUUAGUACAAGCAUGAUGGUAUUUAUACGUCUGUUUAUUUCUCAAGGAGCCGAGAUGACGAGAUGCUCCGUAUAUUUUAUCGCUAAUUUGAAAGUAAUAAUUCAGAUUUGGGUCAUAUUAAAGAGUUGGAAUUAUCCUUCACCGAAAACCUCCCCUGCUUGGACGGCUUCACUGUGUGAGAGACCGGCCGGAAGAGUUCUUUAUUUGAAGAGUUUGCCGGCCGUGAAACGCUUGUAACAAGACUGCAGUUUACGUUACAAAUUUUGCAGGAUGUCUUAUUUUGCCGUUUAGAAGAAUCGGUCACCCCGGGGUAAACUUUACGAGGUUUAGUUACUUUUUGUGGACAUAUUUGCCAAGGUUGUUAGUUUUAACUUUUUUCCUUGAUAUUAAGGAUGGAUAUAAUCUCUGUUGUCCACACCAGUCCACAAGUCCAAGUGUUUGUAGAAUUAAACAAAAAUUUCCCUUGUUUAUGAAGUAAUAAUUGGACUGUAGUAUCUUUUGAUAAUUUACAGGGACUCCACAGUAAACCAAGGGAUUUUAAUAUUUAAUUUUUUUAGCUGUAUGUAUUUAAAAAUUGCCAGGAUUUUAUUUUAAGCAUUUUCUGUGAAUGUGUUUGUUAACCCCCGCAAAAAAAAAUAUGAUCCAAGUUAUGUAAAUUAUGCUUUUCCAAUAGUUGCUAUUAAAGAUUAUUUUGAGGAAAACUAUAUAUUUUUUGAAUGGCAAAGAUCCUUUUUGUGAGAAAAUUGAAUAUUAGGGAUUUGGCCAGUUGGUGCCAUCAGGUGAGCUGAGCUAUUUUGAGUCUACAAUAAUCUACAAUAAAUUUUGGAAAUUGACAAGAGGAUACACAUUUGUUUCACUACAAACGUUGAAAAAGCAUAAAGAAUAUUAUUAUUGAGCAUUUCGGGGAAUAUAAUUGGAAGUAUUAGUAUUAUUUAGACUGAUAUAAACACUUACAAAAUAUUGGCAUUAUCAAUGUUGUACACUGGAAGUAAUGUACAAUAUUGUAUUAAAAAUUAUGUUAUUUAGAAAUAUUUACACAUGUACACUAGAUAACACUUACACAUGUACACUAAAUAACACUUACACAUGUACACUAAAUAACACUUACACAUGUACACUAAAUAGCACUUACACAUGUACACUAAAUAACACUUACACAUGUACACUAAAUAACACUUACACAUGUACACUAAAUAACACUUACACAUGUACACUAAAUAACACUUACACAUGUACACUAAAUAACACUACAUAUGUACAGUUAAUCAAAAACUAUCUGUACUUGGGGUAGUCGAUGACUCCCAGAAUAAACGCCGCGACUCCUGUUGUCUCGGUAGAGUUGUCAAAAUCCUUUACCCAUUGUGUCACAUUUUCUCGACACAAUUUGGUAUAGAUACUUUUAUUGAUCGACCGUACACUUGAAAUAAUAGAAUUUUUAUUUGUACACUUAAUAGAUAAAAAUUUGCAUUUACAUUUGUACACUUACGUUCAAGACUCGAAAUAGAAUGAGGUCAAUAAUUCCUCGUAAUGACCUGUGCAAAAAAUAACCAGGGUCGCCGUUCUCAAAGGGUCAUAGUGAGAAUAUUUCGCGUACUGAAGAGUAAGAAUUCACCCGACUAUUGAAAUUAACCUAAUCCAAAAAUUAGUUGAAAAGUCUCAAAAUUAUACAGAAAUUGAUACAUAUAGUAAUUUUAACAGUUGAUCUAUUAAAAUUAUUACUUUAUAUUAAUUUAGUAUCAGGUUAAUGUACAGGAUCUAAUGGAAUAAUUUUAACAUAGAUUUCGCCCCUAUAACUGGCAUUACUAAUUUAACCCAUCCAAUUAAGGUCAAGUAUCAAAACCCCUAGAUGCUAAAUAUUCGAGUUAUGAACCUUGAUGACCUAACCUGACUGGCAGAGAAUCGUGUAUAUCAAUGCUUUAGUCUUAUCAUUUUUACUUGGUAUUUUUUUAACACAUUAGGAUUGUUCUAAAUAUAAUUACCAAGUAUACAGCAAAGGUUCAGUUUCAUCCCCUUUUUGCAACAAACCAUUUUCACGAACUAUUUUACAUACAAGUAGGAAAUUGUUUUAAUAAGUAAAUAUCAUUGUACA